CGGGGAACCGGAGGAUGCGGAGGUAGAGGUGGAGGAAGCCGGAAGUGGAUCGGGCCCCGGUCGGUCCGGGCGUUGCGGGUUUGGGGCCUGGGAACUGUCGGCCGCCGGUGGCUGAGGAGCCCGUGACGGGACGGAGCGGCGGCAUCCCGGCCCUGAGGCCUGCUGACCGGCAGGCUCUGCGCGCCCCGCGGAGGUCGGCGGCGACAGGAAGCGACCGCGGAGGGACGGCGGGCGGCCCCGGGCAUGUACGCCCCCGGAGGCGCAGGGCUGCCCGGCGGGCGCCGGCGGAGGAGCCCGGGUGGCAGCGCUCUGCCCAAGCAGCCGGAGCGUAGCCUGGCCUCGGCCCUGCCGGGCGCCCUGUCCAUCACGGCGCUGUGCACUGCCCUCGCCGAGCCUGCCUGGCUGCACAUCCACGGUGGCACCUGUUCCCGCCAGGAGCUGGGGGUCUCCGACGUGCUGGGCUACGUGCACCCGGACCUGCUGAAAGAUUUCUGCAUGAAUCCUCAGACAGUACUGCUCCUGCGGGUCAUCGCCGCCUUCUGCUUCCUGGGCAUCCUGUGUAGUCUCUCCGCGUUCCUUCUCGAUGUCUUUGGGCCCAAGCAUCCAGCCCUGAAGAUCACCCGUCGCUAUGCCUUUGCCCACAUCCUCACAGUCCUGCAGUGUGCCACCGUCAUUGGAUUUUCUUACUGGGCUUCCGAACUCAUCCUGGCCCAGCAACAGCAACAUAAGAAGUACCAUGGUUCCCAGGUUUAUGUCACCUUUGCUGUUAGCUUCUACCUGGUGGCAGGAGCUGGCGGAGCCUCAAUCCUGGCUACGGCAGCCAACCUCCUGCGCCACUACCCCACGGAGGAAGAGGAGCAGGCGCUGGAGCUGCUCUCCGAGAUGGAGGAGAAUGAGCCCUACCCAGCAGAGUAUGAGGUCAUCAACCAAUUCCAGCCGCCUCCGGCCUACACUCCCUAACGCCAGCCUGGGCUUUCUUCCUCUGCAGCCCUCCCCCACUGUGCAGCGCCUCUCACACCCUGAGGAGCUCCUUUCCCCAGCAGGCCUCACUGGUAGGAUCCUGACCAUCUUCACCAAAUCUUCCCCAGGAGAGACUCUGCCUUUAGGGUUGUUCCUGUAUCCGUGCUCUCAAAACCUGGGAUUCACCGAUUUGAUAUAAUGCACUGUUUCCCCUCUUGCCACAUUCCUCUCCCUUCACAGUCACUACAUUACCAACCAGGGAUGGCCAUACAAGUUUUCUCCCUUCACGGGCCAUAUGUUUGAGACUGGGACUUUCCUUGGGGAGCUGCUGACCUUGGACAGUCCCAGAUAGAAGCAGUGUCAACAGGGCCCAAGGGAAAGGGGACUGUGCCCUGCAGGCACACUUCAUAACAGUCACUGUUUGUUUCCACUGAUUGUUGCAGCGUAGCUCUGGGCUGACCCCCUCCCCCCAUUCCUUCUUGGAGUGCCCAGCACCAGGCCGCCCACUCCGUGGAAUUCUCUGCACUUUAGUCUUUGGACUUCCCAUCGCGUGUGGUCUGGUUUUACGGGGAGAAGGAUUGCCGUUGGGAAGUAAAGCCAGUGCUCUCCCCGUCCUGCCCUUGCUUGGGUGGCUGAGCCCAGGCAAGGAAGGCAGCACCUGGUGCCCAUAAAGGAUCAGAGUGAAGGGGCUGAAUCUCCCCCACCCCUUCAUCUUUUAAAAUGUGCGUGGUUUUAAAA